AUGGCUUCCGUAGGUGUAUUAUCACCAACAAAUGGGGACCCAGGACCGUCGUCUAUCCUUCGUACGAAUGACAAGAUUUUGAACCGUUUGUCAACCUCUUUCCCUGACCCUGCUUCCCUCUCACGACAUGCAAAGGUUAAUGCUCGAUGUCAGCUCGAUAUUCUUGAUAUCAAGGACAAGAUAUUGAAGCUCAAAUUGGAACUGAGGAGAGAUCAAGACCCGGGGAAGAUGUCUCAAAUUCAAUCGCAAAUUGGGCAAUUGCUUUUGCAGAUAAACACAAUUCGAGAAAAGGCAGCAGAAGCGGAAGCUAUUGUCAAAGCUAUCACCGGUGACAUUCAAAGGUUGGACGUGGCGAAGCGUAACCUGACGGGCACAAUACAGACGAUUGAACGAUGGGAGAUGCUCAAACAAGCUCAUCAACAGCUGCAAGAGCUUCUUCCAACCAAGAAAUUCAAGGAGAUAUCACAGAGUCUUUCUGCUGUCAUGCACCUCUCAGCGCCCUUGAGACCCCUCACUUCCAUCAUGGAAGUCGCUGAGCUAUUCAAAUCUGCGGAAGAGGACCGAAAAAAGGUUCAAGAAGAAGUCGCAGUGGAAAUGGAGACGUUCUUUCAGCAGGAUCCGAGCAAGGUCGUGGAUCUGAAGACUGUGGAAGAGGUGUGUCUUGUCGUGGAUGUGAUCGGAGGAGAUUUCAGAAAUCACAUGGUCGAGCGAUAUUUGCAGCUUCAGUUGGCAGAAUAUCGUCGAAUAUUCCGUUCCACAGAAGAGGCGGGUCAGCUAGACAAUGUACCAAGACGCUAUGCGUGGUUUCGUCGCGUCUUGAAAGUUCACGAUGAAGAGAAUGCGUCUCUUUUCCCGGAAAGCUGGGAAGUCACCAGGUUGCUCGUGGCUAAUUUCGCCGAGUACACUCGUGGCGACCUUGCCAAUGUCCUUGGGAAGACAACGCCAAAUGUCAAUGCUCUCCUUGAGGCGUUACAGUCCACUCUGGACUUUGAAGCUGCCUUCGCCAACCGAUUUGAUAGACCUGUGCGUAGUCGCGGUACCGCAUUCUCAGGAAAAGCUAACAGAAAGUUCCAAGAUGUCACUAUCGGAGGCCCUAACACUCCCUCGGCAGCAAAACGCUGGAACAUUUCAUCCAUCUUUGACUCCCACUUUUCUGUUUAUGUCGACGCCCAGGAUCGUGCUAUCGCCGACAUGUUGGCUCCGCAUCGCGGACCCAAGUCUCGGUCAUCCCUUGAUAGUGCUAUCGUGCAGGAAUCUGAAGAGGCACCGACGCCUACAGUUUUACCGAGUUCAACAGAACUAUUCUACGUCUACGGACAGACUUUGGAGCAAUGCGGAAAAUAUACCACUGGCGAGCCGAUGAAAAAGCUGGCCAAGGUGUUUGGCAAGUGGUUGAAGGUUUAUUCUGAUGAUGUGCUCUUGGCCGCUUUGAAAAAACAAGAGUUUGGUCGGCGAUCACUUGAAGAACGAGCGAACCUGGCGGAGAUCAAGACGGCAUGUAUGAUACUCAAUACCGCCGAGUACUGUCAAAGUACCUCAUUACAACUAGAAGAUCGCGUGAAAGACAAGAUCUCUUCCGAUCUCCGCGAAGACAUCUCAUUUCAGUCUGAAAGAGACACUUUCUCGAGCGUAAUGUCUCAAUGUAUCACUUCCAUCCUGCGUGAGCUUGAAACAGCUUGCGAACCCGCGUUCUCAGCCAUACUUCGAUCGCCAUGGGCCAACCUCGAGAACGUUUCCGGUCGGUCUGCUUACAUCGUCGAUCUAGUGGGUAGUAUCAAACAAGUGGCGGAGAUGGUCCGAGGUCGUAUCGAAUCUAAAAAGUAUAUCCGGAAUUUUGCCGACAAGGCAGUGGGGUUGAUAGUCACUCGAUUCACACAGGCAGUCAUCAAAAGUCGACCUUUGAGGAAGAUCGGUGCAGAGCAGAUUCUGCUCGAUGUACAGGCUGUCAAGGCUUGUUUGUUGGACUUGCCUGAACCUCACCCGGAAAAUAGCAUGAAUGCGUACACGAAGUAUGUUACGAAGAACACUGGCCAACUGGAGACAAUGCUCAAGGUCAUCUUGGCACCUGAUGACCCACCAGAAGGAUUUGUCCAGAAUUACUGCUUGCUCAUUGCGGAUCGAUCCUUUUCGAAUUUCCAAAAGGUACUCGACCUCAAAGGCACGCCACGGACAGACCAGCAAAAGCUGCUCGACAUCUUCCUCUCGGUGACAUCGACGAAAGACGAUCUCGCCGACACCUCUUUCCUCACCGCCAUCGACAUGGAUCCUCCUAGCGAACGUAUGAUCAAUUCUCCUUCUUCAGCAGCCAUGUUCUCCCCGCCGGCAGGAUCCGGCAACGUUCUCCCUAGUCUAUUGGCAAGAGGCUUGAGUUCCGAAGGGCACGAUCGGUCAGAGACUCCCAAGGCGUUUGGAGACUUUCGCCGUUUGGUCAGUUUCGCCACGCGUCGAGAUUAG